UGAAGCGAGUAACAGCAGCAUUCUAUUCUCCAGCACUGCAGAAUCCACGCACUGACAAGGCUCACAUUCUCUAUCAUUUGAGGAGGGGGGGGGGGCAUUUCUGCCCGCCUUUCCUCUUCCCAGGACUCUGGCACAGAUUGGAUCGAUGCACUGCUGCACUGGUUUCAUCCUUCAUACCUCUGAGCUGGCUUGUCUACCUUCCUCUUACCUUCGAGCUGGCCUUCCCUCCUCCUUUCUCCCCCUCCACUGCUGUAAGUGGAUCGGCCAGACCUCCACCAGAGUGACACAGACAUGGGCUGUCGGCUCUCUGGACAGGGACAGUGGGCUGACAAUGGGAAUGGGGUCAAAGGGCGUGACCUGUCCCAUCUCAGCCACCGAGAGAAGUUGCAGUUCCGGGGGGACGGCUUUGAGCAGCCAAUCACUAUGCAGAUUGAGGGGAGACACCGGCGAGGAAGAAGGCGUCAUCACUCCCAGUACCCAGUGUCUGACUGCGGCACCCAGACGGAGCAGCAAUCCUGGGAGGCUCUGAGGGCCCUAGGGGAGGGGGAGGGGGCCGGGCCUGGCCUCUGUGCCUACGCUUCUGGACCUUACUAUGAUCACAUGACCCUUCCACCAGAACUCUAUGCAGCCACUGGAUACCUCCCCAGUGUUGCCUACAAUCUGGAGGACAUUAACAGGAUAGAGUAUGAUGAUGAUCCAGAGAUGAUGACUAACCAGCCCAAUAACAGGAACUGUCUGAUUGGCUGCUGUAACACUGAUAAUGAUGAGCCUAGCAGCUUCCUGAGCCAGAGUGAAUAUGAGGGCCACUGGCUGGACAGGCCUCUGAAUUACCUGCCUCUCCACGAGCUUGACAGCGGCCUGGGCUGCACCGACGGCAGCCUCCACCAGGGGGACCUGUCUGACCCAGAGACAGAGGAGGGGGUAGAGGCCCCUAUGUCCUCUCCUCCAGGAAACACCAGCCGGGGAAGCUCUCCCUCAUCUGAGUCCCUCCUUUCGUCAGAGCUUAGUGACUCUGGCUUCCACAGCGUCAGCACAGGGGAGUUCCGCCACUUCCAGAAGAUUAUAGAUGGGAGGAUCCACAACUACCGGAGUCGCGUCGUGCCCCGGGAACAGAGAUCGAAGUCUCGCUGGGACCUGGAGUCCAUCCCUGAGACCCUGACCUGUGACCCCCAGGCUGGUAGAGCCGCAGACGGAGUUCACACAGCCAUGACCCACCAGUGCACCAUGGGUAGUAGCUCCAUUCAGUUCCGCAAAGCCAGGAGCCCCCAGCUGAGCAGGCAUGGCACCGGGUUUGCUCCUAGGGUUGCUGCCUCCAGCUGCCGUACAGAACCCUGCCAGAGGAGAGCAUUGAUGCUGAACCAGCACUCUUCUGAGGACCUUCCCAGCCGCAGCCAAACUGUGCAUGACUUAUCAGACAGGAGACGGGCCAGCCACCCAGCCCUGCCCGCUGGGAACACUGCCACAGGGAAAUACAGACACGUGAACCGACAACCGCCCAGCAGCCCACACCACCUAGCCGUGCCCACUGAGAACUCUGGCACAGGACAAUACAACAGGGGGUUCAACACAGACAUCAGUGAGAAGAGAAGAUGUCCACUGAGUGACCAUGUGGAAGGCACCUGGCAAGGAUGUGUGGAUAACCACAGAAGCAGUAUGGCCAGUGAGGAAUAUAACAGUGAGAAACCAGGUCUUUCCAAGAGUCCAUCAAAGAAACAGCGUGGGAAGGAGCCAGCAGACUGGCGUCAGUUUGCGACACUGGGACAUCCUCACAUUGGUGGGGACUGGCCCCAAGCAGACUGUCCCUGCGGUCCCCUCUAUAGCACGCUGGAUGGGCCCUCUGUCCGCUCCAGGAGGGGUCUCUCUGGGAAUCCCCGGGCAGUGAGGAACCAGCUCCUGAAGGCACGGGCCUCCCGGCUGGCUGACGAGCGGAGUGAGGUCACCACGGACGAGGAAGCCCGCGGGGAGGCCUGGGCAGGCCGCUACUGGAACAGGACGGAGCGCCGGCGCCACCUGGCGUGGGCCCGGGAGCAGAGGCAGAGGAAGCUGAACCGUGCGGCUGAGGGGGCAGGGGAGAAUGGGGCUGGAGGUACAGGGGUUGCUGGGGGCCUUGGGGGUGCAGGGGGUCCUGGAGGAGGCUGCAGCACAGUGCUGGAGCUCAGCCACAGGAAGCAGAGCCGUCUGAGGAACCAUAAACUGCUGGAUGACUGGACCACAGUGGAGGAGCUGCUGACCCAUGGGACAAGGGUGGGGCAGGGGGACAACAUUCUCGGUCACAGCCCUCUAUUGUCUGUCACCACUGUAUAAUGACACAUUAAGGUGUGUGUGUGUGUGUAUGUUUGUAUGUAUGUGUGUGCUUGUGUGUGUGCCUGCGUGUGUUUGUGCUACUGAUUGUGAAGAGGGUCAGUGAUAUGACUAUAGUUUGACUAUCUCUUGUUCUCCACUCAUGUUCCUGAACACAAACCUAGAGCAGUAGUUGUCCAACAGACUCCACCAAUGGCAGUAUUAAGCCAUCUAAAUGUUAGUAUUCACCGGGCUACUUUAAAGCUAGCUACGUGGGUUUUGGGUUAGCUACUGCACAGAAGAUACAGCUGCGUUUCAAUGGUGGUGACUCCUUCAACAUACACAUUUUACAGUUAAAUACAAUCUAAUUCGCUUGUUUGCCCAAAGAGUGGAUAUACCCAUAUCACUGUAAUUCAAUCAACAAAACAUGUAUUGGAAAUCAUUUCAUAUCAUUGCAUCACAUCUGGCUCAAUGUGACCUCGGUUUAAAACCACAUCAUUGUAGUGAUACAGAUUUUAUAUUUUGAAUGAAACCUCAGGUAGUAAAUGAUUGUGUUGUACUGUACAUCUACUGCACAUGGACAAGAGCCCCAUCACUCACAUGAGAAAUGCACUGUGAACUGUUCCCCCCCCCCCCCCAAAUAAAGUGAGUAUACAGUCAUAUCAUGUGUAAUAUUCACCUCAUGAUAAGUUGCACAAUCAUUGUGUGUGGUCAUGAAACAUUCUGAUGUUCUUGUUUCACCUCUUUUUACAGCCUGUGUUGAAUGAGAGGACAAAGUACUUUUAUUCCCAGCAUGUAGACUAUCCUCAAUACAAACCUGGCAACUGGACAUGACAGCACUAUUUCACAUGUCACAAUUUCAACCUCUCUAACUGGGCUUGGAUUCACAGGGCUGAUAUUCCCCUGACACCACUCUUUGUCAGUCAGACAUUUGCGAGUGCAGUCUAAGUGAUGUGCCACAACAUUUCAGACAAGAGUUCCUUAUGGUUUCGGUUUUGAUGAUAGCUUAAUGUUGUGGUCCAGAACACCUCUGAUUAGUGUUGCAUGACAUAAAACAAAAUGUAGGACUCUCUUCACAUAAAACCAAUUAAAAGUUGUUCAUUUGCAGACACAAAACAUGAUCAAAUCGUGUUAACAAUUAUCAAAUGGUAUGAAAUGCUCGUUCUAGCCUGGAAUAUGAUCUCAUAACGGUUUCCAUUUGUCAUGUGGAUAAGCCCUGUGUGUCCAAGCUCUGCUCGUAGUCGUAAAGAUAAAUCCAUGGCUGCGAAGGACACGUAACAUGGUUGUUAUGAAUACUUUCUUUUGAGUGCUCAAAUAAAAACGCUGA